AUGAAGAUGCCGAAUUUGAGACCACGUUCGUUCCACCUGCAGCUUCAGGGCGAAUCCUCCAUCUGGAUCAACGAUGACAUUCGACCGCUCCCUCCAUCACGGCGCCUUUGGGACACAUGGGCAUACCUCUCAUUCUGGGCCAUCAAUCAGAUUGCCCUAAGUAACUGGCAACUCGGAGCAUCCCUCAUUGCAGUCGGCUUGUCCGUCUGGCAGACUAUGAUUGCAGUUAUCAUCGGCAAGAUUAUCAUAGCUGGAGUGGCAAUAUGUAAUGGAAUGAUCGGCGCAACCUGGCAUAUUGGGUUCCCAGUCAUGUCGCGUGGCAUCUGGGGUGUCUGGGGAUCCUACCUCAUUAUCAUCCAGCGGAUUGUUCUGAGUCUCACCUGGUUCUGUGUACAGUCCUGGACCGGGGGUCUCUGUGUCACUGCAGUUCUCUCCUCUAUAUUCUCCGGCUUCCAGCACAUGCAUAACACCCUGCCUGCAUCAGCAAAUACCACGACAAAAUCAUUGACUGGUUGGAUAGUCUACAACAUCAUUACGAUACCCAUGCUCUACAUCCCCCCAGAGAAGACCCGACGGCUACUGUUCGUCAUGAACUUGAUCUCCGUCACCACACUCAUCUCGAUGAUGAUAUACGUCCUGUCCACUGCCAAGGGUGGCGGUCCAUUGUUGUCAGCACCCGCCGCAGCACAAUCUGGCAGUGAAUUAGGCUGGGCAAUUGUGCAGGGUAUAACGACAGUUAUUGGGGGUAUUGCAGUGGGACUCACCAAUCAAACCGACUACUCUCGCUUCGCUCGCCGACCAGGUGACCAGAUUUUCGGCCAGUGGUUCUCCAUCUUGACCUUGGGCACAAUCCUGCCGCUGUUUGGAUGUCUCACAAGCUCAGCAUCCAUCAAACUCUACGGCCAAGCUUACUGGAAUCCACCUGAUCUCCUCCUCCGCUGGCUCGAUGAUGACUACAAUGCUAAGUCUCGGGCUGCCGCCUUCUUUGGGGGCUGUGGCCUCGUGGUCUGCCAGCUUGCAAUCAACACCAUCGACAACGCCUUUUCUGCUGGAAUGGACAUGGCUGGUUUGUUGCCAAAGUAUUUCAACAUCAGGCGAGGAUCCUAUCUGGCACUCAUCCUGUCUAUUGCCAUGUGCCCAUGGGAGCUGCUUGCCUCGGCUGGGACUUUUAUCAGCGUUAUGGGCGCCUACUCCGUCUUCCUCGGACCCAUGUGUGGCAUCCAGAUUUGCGAUUACUUUCUAGUCCGCGAUCGCCGGGUAAAGUUAUCGGACCUAUACAGGCCCUCCCCGUCAGGCAUCUACUAUUACUUCCACGGUUGCAACCCGCGCGCAUUCGUGGCGUGGGUCUGUGGCUGGGCGCCGCAGCUGCCGGGGUUUAUCGCGAACGUCAAUCCCUCAGUGAGCGUGCCAAAGGCUUGCACGGACAUGUUUUACCUCGCCUUUCCAUUGGGGCUGACCAUCAGCUUCACGUUGUACCUCGGCCUCAACAAGGUCUUCCCACCCAAGGGUCUUGGUGAGUAUGAUGACGUUGACUAUUAUGGCACCUUCACCAGCGACGAGGCUGCCAAGCUUGGAGUCGCGCUUUUGGAAGAGACGUCGGGCAAGGAAAAGGAGGAGCAAUUUGGCUAUCCCACGAACCAGAAGGUUGUGGAGUCGGAUGUUUACGAAACCAAGAUUUAG